UAUAAAGUGUUCCCGUUAGCUGUUACAAGAUACAUUGGUUUUAUAUCCUUCAUUUCACACAUUGUUUCCUUGAAAGUAACAGUAGCGGGGCAUACAGGAACUCAGCUGGGCGUGGGUUUAUUCUCCACAGGAAGGAGGCUGGCUGCAUGCAGAAGAAAAAUUCCUCAAAGCCAAAGCACAACACAGGCGUCACUCAGAGGAGCUGACUGACAGCAUGGACGGCACAUGGCACUAAUGUAGGGAGUCGAUGGAAUAAACAUGGCUGUUUGUGAACGUGUACUGACGUCAGGCUGGUAUAGGUUAGUCCUGUUGUUCAUGCUGAUAUGGGAGCAUGGAGCUGAGGAGGUGGACAUUUUUCACUCUGACAAACAAACCAGAGAAGGAUGGGUUUCUGAACCGCGCACAGGAUGGGUUGACAUUCCGAUGACGGUGGGCACUCAGGCCUCUGUGCCUGUGCUCCAAGCUUGUGCUGAAAGAAGAACGAGGACUUUUCUAAGCUCCUGGAUGGAGCGUGGAGACGCCAACUAUCUCCUCAUGGAUGUUGCGUUUGCUCUGGAAGAGGAGCCCUCCGGUGAGGACAGCCCUCUGCAAGUUCACCUUUACAACUCAGACACCUCCUUCACAAGAUUUCGCGACGGCUGGAAAGUCCUGGACCUCCGGACUUCCAAACCAUUCCCAAGCAACUUCAAACAGAGCCAAAUACCUGACUAUCUGAAUCGCAGCGUGGCGCUGAGCUUGGGCUCGGUCACCCACAGAGGAUUUCAUCUGGCCUUCUCCUACUCAGGAACAUGCGCGUUGUUAACCUCCAUCAGGCUGUACUACAGGAGGUGCCCUGGCAUCGUAUCUAAUCUGGUCUCAUUCGGAGGAACAGCGGCUGGAUCGGGGCCCCUCCAGGGUUCUUGUGUGGAGGGAGCUGUGGAGGUUUCUCCUCCUUUUAGGCAGUGUGGUGUAGAUGGAGUGUGGGGGCCACUGGAGGGGAUGUGCACCUGCAAACCUGGGCAUGAAGAAGUGGAGAACGCAUGUCAAGCCUGCAGGAUGGGCUACUACAAAGCAUCCAAUCAGAGUGGAGGAUGCCGGCUGUGCCCAGUGAACACCAGGACCCGUGGGGAGGGAUCAGAGAGCUGUGAAUGUGUCCAGGGUUUCAGCCGCCUGCAAACUGACCCCGAUCACCUCGGUUGCACCAAGCCGCCUUCUGCUCCAGUGAACCUAACAACCCACCACCUCAACGAUUCUGUGCUGACAGUGACGUGGGACCCUCCUCACGACACAGGAGGCCGACCUGAGGUGAAGUAUCGUGUCACAUGUGAGAAGGCGGCAAGCUCUGGCAGGAUGUGGGAGGCGUGCGGGGACGUGUUUUUCCUGCUGGACUCGGCGUGGCUGACCAACACAUCAGUCAGCAUCACGGGUCUGAACCCACAGCUCGACUACAGGCUCUCAGUGCAAGCUUGGAACGACAUUUCCACCCUGCAGGAGGCGCUACAUUUAUCCACUGCUGCUGUUACCAUUCAGAGAUGGAAGGUUCCUCCUGUGGUGACCUCCAUGACCCCAGGCCUAAACACCUCUGGUCACGACCCAACCCAUGCUCCUCAUCGCGAGAGUCGCUCGUUGUCCUUGUGGCUCAUGGUCGCUGCUUUGUUCGUCAGUCUCAUGCUUGUGUCUAUAUUCCUUAUCGCAUCUUACGUCCACCUCCAGAAACACAACAAACGCAGGUUGGACGAACAGCGUUUGCCGGGUAAUCCUGUGUUUUCUCAUCGACGGCUACAGAUGAUGGAAAAUGCAGCCCAGCCCGAAGAUCCAGAGGGGGUUUUCCAGCUGUUGGGAGUACUCAGCGACCAGUUGCUGGACAGUCUGAGGGACGUCCUGGUUCAGAGGCACCAGCUGACCUUGGGCAAGGAGCUGGGCAAAGGGGAGUUUGGCUCGGUAUACGAAGGCAUCUUUACGCCACAGAAAGGCACUGACAUCAGAGUUGCUGUGAAAACCUUGAGAGUCGGGAUCCUCAGCCAGCAAGACUUGCACGAGUUCCUGAGAGAGGCGGAGAUCAUGAAGAACUUUGAUCAUAAAAAUGUUGUGGGGCUGCUGGGGGUCACCUUACAGAGAGAGGAGGACUCUACUCUGCCGGUACCUUUGGUCAUACUUCCUUUCUUGAAGCAUGGAGACCUGCGCCACUUCCUCAUUGCUACCCGCUACGGUGAUGUUCCUAUGUUCGUGCCCCACCAGACCCUCCUGCGCUUCAUGAUAGACAUUGCGAUGGGGAUGGACUAUCUGAGCUCCAACGGAUUCCUGCACAGAGACUUGGCUGCACGUAACUGCAUGUUGGGUGAUGAUCUCAGGGUGUGCGUUGCUGACUUUGGCCUCUCCAAGAAAAUCUACAGCAGCAACUACUACCGACAGAAAAUAGCCAUCCGUGUGCCCAUCAAGUGGAUGUCCAUGGAGAGUCUGUCCGAGUCCAUUUACACCACCAAGAGUGAUGUGUGGUCAUUUGGAGUGACCAUGUGGGAGAUCGUUUCCCGGGGGAGGACACCUUAUCCUGGGGUCCACAGUCAUGAACUUCUGGACCUGCUGCUGUCUGGACACCGACUGAAACCACCUGAGGACUGUGAUCAGAAACUUUAUGAAGUCAUGAGGAGCUGCUGGGACAGGGAGCCAUCCCGGAGGCCUGACUUCAGGGCGCUAGCCGAAGCCCUGAGAGGUCUGUUGUCCGAGUUGCCGGUCCUGGAGCCGAGCCAAGAGGCCAGGUACAUCAACCAGGGCCUGGAGGUCCUCACUUCUUCUUCUUCUUCUUCCACUCAAGAAGUGCACAUAAAUUCAGGUGGACAACAGGAGAAUGUUUCCACAGCAAAUUCAGCAUGCCCAUAUCAACACUAUCAGAGUUAAUCUCAACACUUUUAAAAUGUCCUCACCACAAAGUGUUAAUUUGACUCUUUUUGAAAAGUUGGUAUGUUAACACUCAUAAAGUGUUAUUAUUGACUCUUCGUAUAGUUAAGAUUGAACACUGCUCAACACUUACCAGUGUUAGUUUCUCUCAACACUAGUGUAUAGUGUUAGAUAUCAACUCACUCGACAUAGUGUCAGUUGUUAACUACUACAGGUGUUUUUCCUCCAUAUUUACACUGCAUGGUGUAAUUAUUUUUUCAAUUACAUGUGACAUGUAAACUACAAGAUUGUAAAAUAACAAGGCCAUGUUAAGCUUAGAACGUUUAUUUUAAAAUGCACUACAGUAACAAAUAUAAAACACAUUUAAAUCAUAAAACUGUUUGCACUGGACAGUAGACGCCACUUUACGUCAAACAUCAGGGAAAAUGAGCAGGGGUUGAACUGUCUCUAGUCGCCACACAAGAUUGGCCUCAGGGUCAUAGUAGAGCUCCUGCUUAAAGAAAGACAUACAAACACACAUAUAAAAAUGUUAAAAAUGUUUAAAAAGGUCCCAGAGGUACCAGGAUACAGCAGCCUGCAGCAGGGCAGUAAAGUUGUACCUAGCUAACUUUAUCACCGUCACUGUCUGGUUAGUCUCUGUCAACUUUACCAAUAUUUUAAUAAGGAUGACAGAAAGCUCCUGAAUAAUGUAUCUAAAUGUCCUUGUAGGAUAUUUGAUAACUUGUUAACGUACAACGGCACCAAUUGUGCUAACCCAGCACAGUUUAGCUCGGGUCAAACAGAUAUGUUAACACCACCACAGCUACACAGUCUUUACUUACUUGGUCACUGUUUCUAACUGUUAUAUUAACUACUGUUUCUGCAAUCAGCUGUAACAACUGUAAUAACCUACUUAUGUUAACCAUGUUUGUCCAUGAAUUAGCAUUUACUGAGCAUUGCUGGAGAAAUCAAUGUUAGCGUUAGCUUGGUGUUCCAAUACAGCGCUGUACGGGUCAUACAGUCAACGUCAACAUCAAAUGAAUCGCUUUUACUCACCAGACAAAGCUUUCUCAUCAGUAAAAGUCUCAGGAUGACUGUCCAGGUAUGGGUAUAAUAAAUGGGCGGGGCUAAUAAAUUAACACCUGAGGUGUCGUAUCCAGGUGAGAGUUAAAUGUUACACUUACAGAGUAAAUUCACCAACACCCUAUUUUAACUCUGUAUCUUCAGAGAGUUAUUUAUAACACAUUUAACUCUACAAAGACUAUAUUUAACUCUACUCUUGCUAAAUUUUCGCCAACACCAGAAUUUUAACUCCACAGCAUUUGCUGUGUGGUACUCUAUCAUGAUUUAUGGACAGAUUUGUGUACAAAGACCUCUCUAUGACGUUUUAUAAGGUUACAGUCGAGACUAAAUGAUUUUUAGGACCUCAGUAACAGUUAUUUCCCUUAAAUUAAAGACUGUCUUUCCGUCAUCUGGAGGGUUAUGUAAAGUGUCUGGACAUUUAAAAUUCAUUGUCAGUUCCUCAACUGAAUGUAUAAACAAAUGUUGAAACUACUAACAAUGAUAUCCAAGUUCAGAGUACCUUAUUUGCACUAAUACUACAGAGUACUUUAUUUACUGCUAAUUCUACAUAGUACUUUAUGUGCACUAAUACUACAGAGUACUUUAUUUACACUAAUAAGCAUCACUACAAUCAGUCAAGUAACACAUUCCUGCUCCUUCAGGUCAGGAUUUAACAUAAUUUACAAUGAGAUCUGAUCAUGACGUGAAGAGGGUCGAGCUGUCCAGACACCUGUCGUAGCAGGGAAUUCUGGGUAAUGCUUCAGAAAGGUUUAACGUUGGGAUAAACGCCUGUAAAUGUCUUAUAGUGUAGUUAUGACACAUUGUGUUAGUGAAGACACAAUAAUAGGACACAGUAGAUGAAACAAGCGUCAGCUGAAAUAACAACGACCAUGACUCUGUUUCAUAGGUGUUCACAUAAAAUCAGGAAACGUCAAAUAUACCUCAGGUUUAUUUUUUAUCAAUAUAAAUAUAAGCCUCACAACAGUGAAAAGAAAAUAAUGUAGAUGUUUAUGUUCGAUCCCACACUUCGCAAUACACUAAAACUACUUGCUCAAAGUAGAAUCUUUAAAGGACUAAUUUGAGCUCAACAACGACACCUGGUGGUCAACUCAACACUUAACAGGAAAUUCAGAUGGAGGUUAAACUUUCCUCUCAUUAUAUUAUCUGGUGUGUGUGUGUGUAGAGGUGGAAAACAUUAAAUCUAGUUUUGGGUGUGAGUCCAAAUCUGAAGAGUUUUCACUGUAUUAAAUGCAAUACUGUGUGUGUGUGUGUGUGUGUGUGUGUGUGUGUGUGUAAAUAAUGUAUUGUUUUUUUUUUUUUCUGAGAACAAAUAAACUUUAUUUUUUUUAUCUGUGUUUUUAUCUGUAUUAUCUGUAUUUAUCUGUGUGUACCCGUGGAAAACAUUAUAUAUCUGAGUCCAAAUCUGAACAGUUUUAAAGGAAAUGUUUUGAAUUCACUACUGCUAACAAUAAAGAGUAUUUUGUUUAUUACAUUA